UCUUCUGGCUCCUCUGGCUCCUCUGGCUCCUGUUCUCUCUGGCUCUUAUGCUCUGAUCCUGGCUCAGACACAUCAUGGCUCCUGCACCUGCCCUCUGCACCUGUCUGCUCCUGCUCUGCGCUCUCAUCUCAGGAGAGCGUCUGGACAGUAACAGUUCAGGACUCAUCUACAGACCAGUACUACAGCCUCAAGAGUCCAUCCCUCCCACAGGGACGUACAUGCUGCGGGAUCGGGCCGGCGUUCCGUGCAUCCGUGUGACGCUGGGAGCAGAGUUCAUGGUUCUCGAGCAGAAGACGUGGUACUUCAGUCUGGACCCGUCCCGUGUGGUUCGGACUGGGACGUGUGGAGCAAAAAACGCCAUUCUGUCUCUGACUCUGCCCAACAACUCAGCCAGUCUCCUGUUCUACUUCUUAAAGGACAAGAACGUUUACUACGUGACGAAGAUAUUCGCUCACUUGUAUCCGCUCCCCGUCUGCAAAAACUGCACAAGUCAUUACGUGGGAGUGGUGGACCAUGAGAAGCUGUUUGUCUCUAAAGGUGGUCGUAGUUUUAAGUGUAACUCUGAGAUCCUUCUGCGCUUAUCUUCUAUGCUCCGCCUUAAACUGGUGCCUCUGCAAAUGCAAGCCUUCUCCGUGCCAAAGGGACAGUACGGGAAAGAGGUGGAGUGCUGGGCCGACUAUAACAAGCGCAUUCUCCCCAUCAUCAUCGGGGGGGUGAUAGUGGGGCUGCUCCUCAUCGCUCUGCUGACGUACGUCAUCGUCAGAGACCGACGCAGGACCGGCUACGAGAGUCUGUGAACGCAACACGAACGUACCACUGUCUGUGAACGCAACACGAAGUUUAUUACGGAGCGAUGUAAAAGACAAAACAUGUAUGAAAAUGUAUGAAAAAAUGCACUAUGUAACUUUUUCUGGUUGGUAUUCCAUAGAUAUGUAAUUUCUUUGCCUGAAAUGUUCCACAGUAGGGCAUUAAACUUGUCUAUCUCUAUGGAAACAAGCGGGCGACGCCACCAGGCAAGUUACAGGUCAGAUCUGCUGUGUGUUUUUCAAGUUAGUUUUAAGGAUGACAUCACCUUUUGUUAUUGAGUAAAUGUAGGACAGAUACGUUUAAUGCCAUACUGCGGAACAUUCCAGGCACAGUAAAAACAUCUCCAUGGGACAAGCAGAAACUCACCAGAAAAAUUCCAUAGUGCACUUUAUAACAUGCCACAGCAAAAUAGUAACUUACCGGUACUUUAUUUCCUCGAAGUUUGUUUUUUUUCUAUAUUUUUGUUUUUAUAUCAUCAAGAGUAUUUUUACAGAUUAAACAGUAUUGAUACUUUGCAGUGACAUCGUGUGGGGGGUU